GUUUCAGAGGGGGAUAUGUCAGACCUGGAGAGUGGCAUGGUCAAUAUUAUCAGAGUUUUCCACAAAUACUCUGGUCACAAGUGCAAGCUGAGGAAAGCAGAGCUCAAAGCGCUUAUUAACAAUGAGAUGAGUCAUUUUAUUAUGAAAAUCCAAGAGAAUGAAACUCUGGAUGAGCUCUUUGCGGACCUCGACCAGAACGGAGACCUGGAGAUUGACUUCAAAGAGUUCAUCACCCUCAUCGCCAUGGUCACCUCAGCGUGCCAUGAACUCUUCAUCCCGAACUACCAUAAUGAUUAGUUAGUUAGGUUGUUUGUUUAGAUCCCCAUUAGCUACUGCAUUGUCACAGUAGCUACUCUUCCUGGGGUCCUCUUUCGUAUUCUUAAACAAUACUUCUAUAACAGAAACUAUAU